CGUAAAACUGACGAUUCGAGUCUAAACCCUAGUAUAAGCACUAAUCCAGAUUUUAUUUCAAAGACUAAUCCUGGUACUAGUGCAAACGUAAGUGCAGCUCCAGAUCUUAGUCCACAAACCGAUGACAAUCGACAAAAUAGUGCAAAAUUGGAUAUUGGAAUAUGCAUGAAUUCGGAAGUUCAUAUUAAUGACGAACUUCGUUUGAAAUUGUUGAAAAAGCCUUGGACUCCCAGCCAAUUCUACGAUUUUAAGAAAGAUUUAAAACUUGACGCUAAGCGAUCAUUUCGUUUGGAAUGGCUACAAACGUGCCCUUGGUUGGCGUACUCAGAAAGUGCAAAAGGGCCUGUUUGUCGUGUCUGCGUUUUGUUUCGACCUCCAGCUCAAAGAGGUGUGCAAGGACAAUUUAUUAUUUUUCCUUGCGUUAAAUACCACAAAUUUAAUGAAGCCGCAAAAUCACAUGAAACGUCACAGUGGCAUCGUGAAGCACUCACAUCUUCUAAAAAUUUUGAAGAUAUUAUGAACAGAAAACAACUGAGUGUAUAUGAAUCUUUAGAUUCAGCGCAUAAUAAAAAAAUUGAAAACAACAGGCUUAAGCUUCGAUCUAUUAUACCAACAAUUUUGUUCAUCGCAGAGCACGAACUUCCUUUUCGGGGCAAAAAUGACGAAGGAUCUGUUUUUAAAGAUCUGCUGCGCUUUCGAGUUGAAUCUGGAGACGAAGUUUUGAAGGCACAUUUGAAAUCAGGAGCAAGAAAUGCACUGUACAUUUCACAUCAAAUACAGAAUGAGUUGAUUCAAACUUGUGUAGACGUGCUUAGAGAGGAAAUUAUCAAAGAUGUGAAAAAGGCUUCUGCUUUCUCGGUAUUGGCCGACGAGACAGCAGAUAUCAGUGGUACAGAGCAGUUAUCCAUCGGUGUUCGGUAUGUACAUUUUGAUGAGAGUAACAAAAAGACGACAAUACGCGAAGAAUUUCUCGGCUUUACCCCACUCGAAGAAUUGAACGCUCAGUUUAUUUCCAAAACAAUCAUUCAAUUUUUGAAUGAUUGCAAUUUUGAUAUGACACGAUUUGUGGCUCAAGGAUAUGACGGUUGCGCGGCAAUGGCUGGCCAAGAAGGUGGCGUUCAAAAAUUUAUUCGAGACAAAUAUCCUAAAGCUGUGUUUUUUCAUUGUGCCAAUCAUGUAUUGAAUCUCGUGAUCAAUGACUUAAACCGCGUUAAGGAAGUACAGAAUACUAUAGGGACAACGAAGGAAAUUAUUAGCUUUUUCAGAGAAAGUUCUUUGCGACGAAAAGAAAUUCCUAACAUCCCUUUACUUUGUGAAACACGCUGGUCAGAAAAGUACAAGAGUCUCAGACGAUUUUCUGAAAAGUUUGUUACAAUUAUAAAAACUUUAGAGGGCCUUACAGAAAAAGCGGCAAACAAAAACACCAAAGUGAAAGCUAAUAUACUUUUAACAGCUGCUACAACGCCAACAUACAUUGUAUCACUUUUCGUUAUUGCUACUUAUGCUGCAAAACUUGAACCUGUGUGCAAUCAGUUGCAAAAAGUAAACACAGAUCUAAGAGAAGUAACUGAUUAUGUAGUCAAAUUGAUAGAUGUGCUGCAAAUUCAUCGAAACAAUGCUUCUGAAGAGUUUACUGCAAUUUUCACGAAAGCGGAACACAUUUGCGAAGAAUUAGGCAUUGAAAUGAAUCGACCUCGAGUGGCAUCUAGACAAGUUCAUAGAUCGAAUCUGCCUUCUGAAAACGCAGAAGAAUUUUUCAGGAGGUCACUCUUUAUUCCCUAUUUGGACUCCAUUAUAUCUUCGUUGAAAGACCGUUUUUCUUCUACACAAAGAAAAGCAUUUUCACUCUUACAGCUUCACCCGAAUGCGAUGACCAAACUGGAAAAGGCGUCAUAUCUUGAAGUUUCAAAAGAUAUAUAUACUAUGUAUAAAGAUCUGCUUUCACCAAAUUUCAUUACUGAAGCUACAACGUGGUAUGAAAUGUGGAUGAAUAGAGACAAUUCUUGUGAAUCCCUCGAAUACGUUGAUUUAGUUGUUGAGGCCACACCGUUUUAUCCAGCUCUAGUGGAGGCAAUGAAAAUUGGCCUAACUCUCCCAGCUACUACGUGCACUAUAGAACGCACUUUCAGUACAAUGAGGCGCAUCAAGACCUGGAAUCGAUCUGCAAUGAAUCACGAGAGAUUAAGUAAAUCAGUUAUAUCAUCUUAG